CACCGGCCUGUCCGCGGCAGCCUGCGGAGACCAGGCUUCUUCCUCAGCCGCCGGGCCCGGGUUCCGCUGUACGCCGUCCACCGCCACCGCCUGCCGCCCGCCGCCUGCCACCUGCCGCCUGCCGCCUGCCGCUCGCCGCUCGCCGCUGCCAUGGCUCAAUACAAGGGUGCCGCCAGUGAGGCGGGCCGCGCCAUGCAUCUGAUGAAGAAGCGGGAGAAGCAGAGGGAGCAAAUGGAGCAGAUGAAGCAGCGGAUCACCGAGGAGAACAUUAUGAAGUCAAACAUUGACAAGAAAUUCUCAGCUCAUUAUGAUGCAGUAGAGGCUGAGCUCAAGUCCAGCACUGUGGGCCUUGUGACUCUGAAUGAUAUGAAGGCCAAGCAGGAAGCGCUGGUGAAGGAGCGGGAAAAGCAGCUGGCUAAGAAAGAACAGUCCAAAGAACUUCAGCUAAAGCUAGAGAAACUUCGAGAAAAGGAACGCAAGAAGGAAGAGAAGCGGAAGAUCUCGAGCCUGUCCUUCACCUUGGAUGAGGAAGAGGAGCCUGAGGAAGAAGACGAGGAAGAUAUGGAUGAGGAGGAUCUAGAACGGGAAGGCAAUGUAGACGUGAACAAGAACAGACAAGGCUCCUACCUUCAAAGAGUUAACGGUCCAAAUGGAGAAGAGAUCCCUUCAAAGAAAAGAAAAUUAGGGAAGAACCCGGAUGUGGACACAAGCUUUCUUCCAGACCGUGACCGAGAGGAAGAGGAAAAUAGGCUCCGAGAGGAACUAAGGCAGGAAUGGGAGGCCAAGCAGGAGAAAAUCAAGAGUGAAGAAAUUGAAAUCACGUUUAGCUACUGGGAUGGCUCCGGGCACCGAAGGACCGUAAAGAUGAAGAAGGGGAACACGAUGCAACAGUUCCUGCAGAAGGCGCUGGAGAUCCUGCGGAAAGACUUCAGUGAGCUGAGGUCAGCAGGAGUGGAGCAGCUGAUGUACAUCAAGGAGGAUCUGAUUAUACCUCAUCAUCACAGUUUCUAUGACUUCAUCGUCACCAAAGCCAGAGGGAAGAGUGGCCCACUCUUUAACUUUGAUGUCCAUGAUGACGUUCGUCUGCUCAGUGAUGCCACAGUAGAGAAGGAUGAGUCGCACGCUGGAAAGGUGGUGCUGAGGAGUUGGUAUGAGAAGAACAAGCAUAUUUUCCCAGCCAGCCGCUGGGAGCCCUAUGACCCAGAGAAGAAGUGGGACAAAUACACGAUCCGAUGAGCGCCUGUAAAGACAGCGUCUGAUUUUGGUCAGUUCACCUCUCCUCCAUCCCAACCUACUCACCCAACCACACUUUCUCAUUUGCUCGGCCUGACACAAAAUUAGCGGCUUCCUCUAGACUUCCUUCCUCCUCGCUUCUCCUAACCCUACUUCCCUUCCCCAUCGUGGAGUUUCACCCUUUCCACUGAUUUUCUAGGUGUAUCUGGGUCUCCUACAUCCACGCGUCCAACUGCGAAGCAGACUCUGGGACCGGCACAGACUAGAUGGGGCUAUGGUAGUAUUUCUACUGGAUUUCUACUCCCUACUCUACUGGUAUUUACAUGUUUCUUAUUUUACUCUAAAAAAAGACUUUUGCAUGAGGAAAAAAAAAGACCAACCAGAGUCCAAUCUCGGAGGGGAGGGCGGGAGCUCCAGAAUUGACGACUCAAACCCAAUCCAGACAACCCAAUCCAAACCGAUGAAGAUGUGGGAGGCUACUUCUGUCUGUUAAAGGGACCAAACAGCUUUAGAACAUGGGCAGAAAUUAUGCUUCCUGCCUCUCAACUUCAGCCUGUGCCCUGGCAUUCCUAGUUUAGGGGUGCCUAACAGGGCUUCUUCCUUCACUCUCCUGCUGGUUGAGCACAAGGGAGACUAGAGUGGGAAGGUGCUGAAUGCCCUCAAGCCUCCAGAGAUCAGGGCUGGACUUGGAAUCUUAUCUGCCUCCCAGGCCUGCAGCAGCCACACACCUGUCUUUGCUGUGGUUAACAUGCACCAAACCUCUAGAAGGGACCCCUUGACCAACCUGUUGACUAGCUACUACAUCUGCAAUAAGGGCAUACUCAAAGAUCUCCACUGAGAACCUCUCCAAGCACCCUGUUCCGCUUUGGGACACCUCGGGUAAUUAUGAAGAACUGAAAUCCGCUUCUCUGCAGUUAUUGCUCUUUGUUCUGCACUCUCUGAACAAAGCACAAGUCUGUCUUCUCUUAUACAUGAUAUAACCCUUCUGAUACCUGAAGUCAGCUAUCAUAUCCAUUUCAUCCCUAUGGUAAACCUCUUCUCCACGGUAAACCUCUAUUCCAUGCUAAAAAAAAAAUUUUUUAAGUCCCUAGUCUAGCCUGUCUUAUAAUGGUUCUCUACUCCUAUCAAUAAAAA